AUGAGUUAUAAUUAACAAGAAAAUGAGGAAGAGAUUCUUGAGAAUAAAUCACAAAGAGAUGAAGAAGAGGAAGAUAAAAAUAAUGAAGAAAAUGAAUAAAACUAACAAAAUUAAAAGAAAAAAAAGAAAAUAUAAUAAUAUAGGUUGAAACCUGAAUAAAUAACAGAUCCUUAAAAAGGUGUGCUUUAUUUGUAUAAUUUAUGUAAAGACUAUCGUUUUGGUAAUGAUGAACUUGAUGAAUUAAACAAAUAUAUGCAUGUUAUAGAAGAAUGGCACUAUUAAGUAAUGCCUAAAUAUGACUUUGACUAUUUUACAAAUAGAUUAUAAAAAUUUGGAGGGAAUAUUAGUGUUUAAGUAAUAUUUUGCAUUUAUUUAAGUCCCAUUUAAAAUUAGUUAGAAAAGCCCAUAAAGGUUUAAUUCCUUGGCAUUUUGUUCUCAAUCAACUGGGAGAAGAACCAACUAAUGAUCUUACCAUGAACUAAACUUUUAAUGAGACCAUUAAUAAUAAUUCAAUAAUUUAAGAAGAAUUACCUUAACAAUAACUUUAAUAAAACAUAAAUUAAUUUGAUCAACAUAUUGAUGAACCAGAUUAAUAGAAACUAACUGUUUCAACUACUUCAUAAAAAAAACCUUUAAAAUUAUCUCUUAAGAAACAAAAUUAAUCAUCAUAAGUCAAAUCAAUUAAAAAAGAACUUAGUGUUCGCUUUAAUGAUGAAGUUUAAUAUGAGCCAUAACCUAAACCUAUUUAAGAAGAAGAAAAUUUUGAUGAUAUAUUUGAAUAGUUAGAGGCUGCUUAUAAGGCAAAAGAAGAAAAGAAAUUAAUAAAUUGA